AUGUUCUCAAAGUCAAGUCUUUCAACAGGUAUUCUGUUAUUUAUCAUAGUUACAUAUGUAAAAGCUGAUCUUCGAAGCACUGUUUAUGAAUUGUUUGAAGCUCGAAGUGGUGUUAAAUCAAAUUGUACUUUCUGGACAGCUCAUUUUGCAACUAAUGGUGUAGUUCGUUCACCUGUUGGAUCAACACCUUUCGUUGGUCUAGAUGCUAUUCAAAAACAUUGCGAUGCAUGGAAUCAAAUUCUUGGUCCUCAAGGAAAUGGAUGGUAUCCUUUAGAAUUAUGGUCAGGUAAUAAUGAAGUUGCCUUUGAAUCUACCGUUAGAGCAGUAAAUAAAGGUGGUUGUCAAAUAAAUUUACGAGGUGUUAUCGUAAUUAAAUUUGAUAGUAGUUUAAAAGUUUAUGAAUGGAGUCAUUAUUAUGAUUCUGAUUUUGCUAACCCACAAAUUCAAGGUAAAUGUCAAUAUCAAUAA